CUUCCGGGCGGCGCCCCGCCCCCUCCGUGACAGCUCGCCCGCACGCCCUCCACGCUGCGUGGGUGACAGACGCACAGUGGAAGCGGUGCGAAGCUUUACGGCUGCGGCGCGCCGGAAAGUGCGUAUGCUAUAUAUAAGUGGAUAUUUUCCAUAAGUGAAAAUGGCCAAUUCUUUAAGAGGAGAAGUACUGAAUCUUUAUAAAAAUCUGCUGUACCUUGGACGAGACUAUCCAAAAGGAGCAGACUAUUUUAAAAGGCGUCUGAAGAAUGUUUUCCUUAAAAACAAAGAUGUGAAGGACCCAGAGAAGAUCAGAGAACUGAUUGCACGGGGUGAAUUUGUAAUGAAAGAGCUAGAAGCCUUGUAUUUCCUUAGGAAAUACAGAGCUAUGAAACAGCGCUAUUAUUCAGAUACCAAAGACACUAACUGAUCAUUACUAUAAUUUUACUAAAACCAGUGCCAGCUGUUUAUGUAUAAAUAUAAAAAUAAUUCUAACUUAAAAUGGCAACAUGUACAUGACAUAUAAAAAAUACUUAAGCUGCCUUAACUGAGCUAAAACAGGGUUAACUUAUAUUUAUACUGUGUUUUAUCAGCAACCCUUAAUGCACAAUUUUAUACUAACAUAACGUUGCCAACUACAAAUUAUAGAUUAAUGAGUACCUAAUUUCAAAUGAAAAAUAAUGUACUUAAAACAAUUGUAACUUAAUAGAUUUUUGCCAAUUAUCCUUAGCCCAUUUCUCCAUUUAACUGACAAUGCCAUUUAAUUCACAUGAAACUAGGCAAAAUAAUGUUUUUUACAUUUAUUGUCUUUAAUUUUUGAAGGAGUACCUUAUUUUUUACCCCAUCUGGUAUAUUAGCAAGGUUCACUACAAAACAAAUAGCACCUGGUCAUGAUUUUAGUGCAGUUAUAGAAAUAAUACAUAUGAAGAUUACUUCUGUACUUGAAAUAGCUUGCCAGUGAUUGGCAUUACAUACAUACCUAUUCAAUAUCUCCAUUAUUUUGCUUCUAGCUUCCUUUGGGCCUUAAAAUAAAUCACCUGUUGUGUAUCUAUUACCUUCUUUGAUAAAAAGUAAUGAAGUUA